GGUAUCAAAUUUCACUUUAUUCCAUGCUAAUUACUUCACAAAAUCAAGAAUAAAACAAAAUGAUAGCGAGACCUUUCACGGAUGAUUUGCCCAAAUGCAGGAACACUUGCGUUGCAUCGUAUUUUUCAAGGCUUGGCGGUAAUAAUAGCAAUAAUGACGACUAUCUCUGUUUCUACUGCAAAACUGAGGAUAAUUCGUGUUUGUACGGUGUGUUCGAACCGCACAAUGGCCUGGAAGCAGCGAGAUACAUCAUGCAGCGGAUGGCGGCAGAGAUACUGUUCCCUUCGCCCUCCGCCAAUAAUACAGAUGAGGAGAUUAGAGACAGAUUAAGAAACGCUUUCGUGUCUGUAGAAAAAGCGUACAUAGAGAACUAUGACGGCAUGAUCGCAGAGAGGACCAGCCUUCAGUAUCAGCUCCCACAAAUCAUGGGGGAACAACAGAUGUCCCAAUAUGAGCACAUAGUGUCCCGCCUCAAAGAAAUAGACCAGCACCUUUCCGGUGGAGCCACAGUGGUUAUAGCCCUUGUGUUGAACGGCAAACUAUUCGUGGCAAAUGUGGGUGAGACCCGAGCAUUACUGUGCCGGACUGAUGACAACUCUGUGCUGAGGGUAGUACAGUUGACGAUGGAUCAUAGUUUGAAUAACGAAGAUGAGCUGUUGAGGUUAUCGCAGUUGGGGUUGGAUGUGAAUAAGUUGAGGAAUGCCCAAUACCUAGGCAACCAGACGGGGACCCGUUGCCUGGGCAACUAUCUAGUCAAGGGCCUUUACAAAGCCUUCCCUACGAUCAGCGCAGCCUCAUCGGAGCCGGUGGUGGCCACUCCCGAGAUCCACGGGCCCAUCGCUUUGGACGAGUCUUGCAGAUUCCUAGUACUAGUCAGUGCUGGAGUGUACAAACGCAUCCAAGAAGUUCGGGGCAGCUGUGAACAGGCCAAUAAACAACUGGCCCAAAUAAUAGUAGAAAACUUCCGCAAGGAAACCAACUUCAAACAUGUGAGCCAGUCUGUGCUCGGUGAAAUAGAAGAAGAAUUCGUCUCGUACUGUGUAAAGAACAACCUUACACCAAAAGCAAACACUCAUAUGUCACUCGUAAUAAGAAACUUUAACUUUCUUCCACCUAUAGACGAUGAUCCAAUACCAAAAAAUCCAUCGGUCAGAUUCAACCCGAUAGUUCAAUCCAAAUCGACAACGUUACUAAAUGAGAUUGACUCAGAACAGUAUUCUUCGGGGAAUGAGAUUGAAACAAACGAUUCGAUUGUAGAUACAAACAGAUCGGAUCGAUCAGUGGAGUCGUCUUCAGAUAUAUACCCAGCGAGGCAGUUUGAGAAGGAGAGAAAAAUCAAAGGUUACGUUGACUUCUCUUGCUAUUACGAGAAUGUGGCUAAAGCUAGAAAGAAUGGGACGUUGCCUGGAUUUAUUAAAUAGGUUAUAAUUUGUUAAAAAUUGUAUAUCGGUUAUU